AUGUCAUCUUCCUCCAAUUCAUCGCGAGUGAGAGUUAACAUGGAGUACGAGCCCAGUGUUUAUUGUACGUGUGGAUUGAAAGCCCCUAUUUGCACGAGUAGAGAGUCGGGAAAGCAAUUCUUCGGGUGUCAAAGGUGGAAGGAUGGAAAUGGUUGUGGCUUCUUUCGUUGGAAGGACGACAGUGCAAGGAGGGGAGAAGGUGACCAUGAACAACUAAAGAAUCUGGUGGUGUCUAUGAGGGGUGAACUAGAAGGGUUGAGAGAACUAAUGCAAGGGAGAAUUGUGGUUGUAAUUGUGCUUGUUUUAAUGAAAAUUUGCCAGCAGUUUCCAGUGAAGCCUUAA